AUGCCAAGAAAAAAUAAGAGAUAAAAUACAAAAAAUAAAUAAGAAAAAAACACAGAUCAAAAUGAAUAAGAUGAUCAAAUAGAAUCUGCUCAAGACAUAGAUAAAAAAGUAGAGGAUUAGGAAAUUAAAAAUGAAUAAAGUAGUAAUUUUAAUUUAUUUCAGAUUAAAGCAUCGAAUAGGCUCAAGAAUAAACAUAGAAAGUGGAAAAUAAGGAAUAAGCACAAGAAUAAGUUUAAAUUUAAAAUUCUAUUACAUAAUAAUAAUAAUAGGAUCAAUAAUAAAAUAUUCAUAAUUCUCAUUAGGAAACAACAAAAGAAGAGAAGAAUGACCAAAACUAGUUUGGAGAUGUGUAAUAAUAACAAUAACAGGAUAGCAUCACAGAGGCACAAGUAUAGCCAAUUAAAACAUAAGAAGAAGUUUAGUAGCCUUAGGAGUAGGUCUCUUAAGAAGUUUCUUAAGAAGAUAUAUCUAAUACUUAAAUCUAGUAGACAUUCUAAGAGAAUUAACAACAUUAACAGGAAAAAGUAGGAACUAUUAGUUCUGGAACUUCUAAAUUAUAAGUAGACAGUCUCACAAAUCAAGAUCAUUAAUAAGUAAACUAAUCUCAAGGAUAAAAUGAAAAUGAACCAUAACAUUAAAUUGAAGAACUCAAGUUGCAAACAUAAUCUGUACCUGAUUCUAAAAAUGAAAAUACAAUGAAACCCUCUUCAAAACCCAUAGUCUCAAGCCCAAUUAAAUAAAAAGAAGUUUAACAACACUAAGAGGCUCCAAAAUAGUAACCUGCUAAUACUUAGGCUUAAUAACAAGAAGUUGUUUUGAAUGUAUAGGCUCCUGUUGUUGUGGAAAAAUAAAAUGAUCAAGUACUUAUAGAAGGUGCUCCAUAAACUAAUUUGAAGAAGUAAAAUGAUGAAGUCAUUUUGGAAAGAGUCUAGGAAUAAAAAAUGGAAAAAUAAGUGGAAUAAACUCAUAUUGAAAUCUAACCAAAAAUACACAUAGAACAACACUAACAAAUUGAAGUAGAGAAAUAGCCAUAAAAUAAAUAAGAGGUAAUCAUACAGAAAUCGGAAAAUCAAAGCUAAGCUUAAGUUGAAAUUUAAAAUCAUUAAACUAAAGUUGUGACAGAGAAGAGUACAAAAGUGUAAACAGAAAAGUAAAAUGAAAGUGUUUACAUAUAAGAAGUACCAGCUGUGUAACUACAAGUUCUCUAAGAAGUUUCAAAACAAGAAAUCAAUUUGGAAUCAAGAAACUUAGAGACUCAAGUAGAGAAAUGUCCUUAGGUUGAAAUUCCAAUUAACUCAUAAACUACAACUCUCCUUGAACACCCUGUAGUUAAUCUAUAGGUCAAUCAAUUCAUCCAAUAGGUUCAACCACGUCCAGAUGUUAACACAGUUCAAACCUAACAAACACACUCUAUUGAACAUAAACCAUAAGCAACUAUUGAAUAUUAGGAUUAGACUCAAUUUUCUGUCAAAGCUCCCUAAACAGAAAUUUAGGUUAACCAAAAUAAAGCUAGUUCUGAACCUUAAUAAAUAGUUAAGGUGGAAGCAAAGUAACAAUAAAUACAAUUGGUUCAAGAAGAAGAAAAGGUUCAUGUUAUAUAAUAAGCUCAAACUCAUAUUGAGAAUCAACCAUCUCAUGAAAUAAUUAAUGUUGAGAAAAGAGAAGUUAUUGAACAAAAGCCAUAACUAUAAGUUGAAUAAAAUACUGUAAAAGUAAGUCAUGAGGCUGCUGUUAAAGUAGAAAUAUAACAUGUAGAUUAAGAGAAUAAGUCAUCGAAAUAAGAAUAAGUUCCUUAAUUUGUUUAAAGUCAAAUUUAAUAAGUUGAAAAUUAAGAAGCAUUAUUGCCUUAAAGUAAUGUCGAAUAAUAAUCAUAAAUUAGAUCAUAAAUUAAUACUAAUACAACUUCAUCAUAAAUAUUAAAGUAAGUGCCCUAAGAACUUGGAGUAUUAAGUGUUUCUGUUGCUGUCGCUGCUAGUGCUUCUUCAUUCAUGAUGAAGAGCGGAAUCAAGUCAAAAGAAGGAAUAAUAUCAGCCUUGGCUGGCUCAGCUAUCUUGUAUUUAGGAUAUAAGUUAUUCAAAUCUAAGAUUUAAUCAAAUUAAAAGCAAGAUUGA